AUGAAAAAAUUUAUUUACUUGAAGCAUAUCCAAAUUCAGAAUGGUAAAGACAAUCCGCAAAGCGAUUCGCCGGCAAUAAUUCCGCAUUCAUCCGAAUUCGAACGACUAUGGAAAGAAACGGAACACCUUCGUGCUGAUUAUAGACUAACAAGUGAUAAAUCAGACGCAUCCGAACACACUCCUGUCGCAAAAUCAGUUUCAAUUCCGGAUGAUUCACACAGUCCGUAUCAUACAUACGAUGGAUUCGUUCCAAAAUCUGCUUUAAAACAUUUUUCACCGACUUCACCAUCCUGCUUAUCUGAUUACAGUCCGCCUGCGUAUUUAGUUCCAUUUCAAAUGUACCAUCAGCAGCAGCAACAACAACAUUACUCUGUUACACCUCUCGGUGAAGUUCCGUAUCAACACUCAUUAUCACCGUUUGACACAAGCCCAUUUCAGCAAAUACUAAAAAUAUCUUGCGUUUGUCAACAAUGCCAAUCGAUUACUAAUGAUGCCUAUUCGGGACCGAUUACCUACGAGGUGUUCAGGAAACAACAGUAUCGACACCAUCGUCCACCUAGCCACUGUUGUUCAUUGAAAAAUGAGUUAUUAUCCGGCACAGCAUUAUCUGAAGAUGUUAAACCGAUUGAUGAAAUUAAAGAACAACCGAUAGAACAAGAGAAAAGCUUUCGUGCUUCGACACUAUUAUCCUUACAUAUAUCUCCGCCAUCACCUGAAGAUCCUUUAAAGUUAAAAUCACCGUUCUAUCCACAUAGAACGAUCGGGAAAAACCGAUCGUCAACGAAGAAAACGUCAGAAAUCACCAAAGCGAAGCAUAGAACCCCGACGGCAGCGAAAAAAGAUUCAAACACAGGUACAAUUCAUGUUUGUCCGUAUCCGGACUGUGGCAAAACUUACAAUCGACUAUUUCAUUUACGUUCGCAUAAACGAACACAUAUGGGAAUCAAACCGUACUCAUGCACAUGGCCAGAAUGCGGAUGGAAAUUCGCUCGAUCAGACGAGUUAACACGACAUUUCCGUAAACAUACCGGUGUUAAACCAUUUGUCUGCAAACAUUGUGACCGAGCAUUCUCACGCUCCGAUCAUCUUCAACUUCACAUGAAACGGCAUACUUGA